UGAAACGUCUCAAUGACACAAGCACUAUUGUUCCAACGAAAGCUUGGCCCUAUAUAAAGAACCACUAUAUAUAUAGACACACACAUAUUAAAACCCCACUUCAUCAGAGUCUGUCUGUUCUUCGCACGAGUAAUCAAUUAUAAUGGGUCGCCAUUCCUGUUGUGUAAAGCAAAAGCUGAGGAAGGGCCUGUGGUCCCCUGAAGAAGAUGAGAAGCUCUUCAAUUACAUUACCAGAUAUGGCGUUGGCUGCUGGAGUUCUGUUCCCAAACUCGCUGGAUUACAAAGAUGUGGAAAGAGUUGCAGACUGAGAUGGAUUAAUUAUCUGAGGCCUGAUUUGAAGAGAGGAAUGUUUUCUCAGCAAGAGGAAGAUCUCAUAAUCAGUCUUCAUGAAGUACUUGGCAACAGGUGGGCUCAGAUUGCAUCACAGUUACCAGGAAGAACAGACAACGAGAUAAAGAACUUCUGGAACUCAAGUCUGAAGAAGAAGCUGCUGAAGCAAGGGAUUGACCCAACCACACACAAGCCUCUAAUUAUUACAGAACCUUAUCAAUCAACCAUAAAGGAGGAGAAGAAAAGUCUCACAGAUCAUUCAGAAACUCUAUUACCAUCUAUGCAGAUUCCGUUCUCAGUCUCAGCUCCAUCGACCUCCUUAGGCUUCUCAUCAUCAUCAUCACAAGGAUCAGCACUUGCAGGAAGUGAUAAUUCGAACCAAUUCGAGAAUAACGGUUACGACCCGUUGGCCUUAUUUGAGUUCCAAAUGGGCGGUUUAAACCAGUCUGAGUUCGGAUUCAAUAUGUGCUCAAUAAUGCCACCAGGUCUGAUCACCAAUUACAUGGCGGAUCAGUUGCCAUCGGAUAACAAUUCGGGUUCGCGAAUCAUUUCGAGCAAUAGCUUGAGCAGCUAUUUUCAAGGAGGAGGGUGUCAGAUGAUCAGUAAUAACGGCUUGAUGAUGGAUCCAUUAAUGUAUCAGUUUCAAGUGAAUGGGAUGAAGAACGAAGAAGAUUAUCAUCAGUUGAUGAUGAAGACGACAGGGUCGUCGUCGUGGGAAGAAGAUGGCCAGAUUCUGAAUCAAACCUCCGUGGAUUUCACCGCCACCUAUCCGUUAACGUCACUGUCAGAAGAUCUAACGCCCGCGAAUUUUGAUGCUUUCCACCAUAUGUGAACUGUAAAAAUUCUUUCUUUUUAUUUUUGAUUGAUUCUUAACAUAGGAAGAAGACGGUGAUGUGAUAGUACAGAAAAUCCCCUCCCUCCCUUUUGGAUUGUAUUUUUUUUUUUUUGGGUUUUUUCAUUUCCAAUUGAUGAUGUAUUUGCCAUCUGGUUUCUUCUUGGAGAUUUCAUGUGACGAUUCUUGCAGAUUAAUUAAUUAAUGAGUGAUGGUAGCUAAUUUUGUGGCCCUAAUCUUUCUUUCCCCCAAUUGUCCAACUAAUCAAUUAUUACGUGAA